AUGGAGACCAGCACAGACGAUGGUGGGCAGCUGGCUCGCUCUAGUAGAGCAAAGAACAGAUUGAAGAGAAUAAAGGAUAACUUCGGCUGCUACAAAAUGCAUCAGCUCUGGGUUGUCUGGACUUUUGGAAUUCUGACUUUGAAGUUGUGUUGCACUGGAACCGAGUACCAUGGGGUCAGCAUUUUAGAGAUUACCCCACAAAAUGAGAAACAAGUCCAAUGCUUGCAGAAUAUUCUUCAGUCCAGGCUGUUGGAUCUUUGGAAGCCAUUGCAGCCAGAAAACAUCAAUGUCGAGACUGCAGUGCGUGUCAGGAUCCCAUCCACUGCUCUACAGCUCGUGAAAGAGGACCUGCUUCAUUGUUCACAAUCUUUGGAAAUUCUGAUCGACAAUAUAAAACACAUAGCGGACAAUAAAACAGAGACCAAAGAAACCAGGAGUAAGAAGUCCGUCACUUCAUAUAACUACACCACAUAUCAUCCAAUGAAUGAGAUUUAUGACUGGAUGAAUGGAAUAGCAAUACAUCACAGUGACUUGGUGACACAACAUCUUUUGGGUUUCACAUAUGAGUCAAAGCCUAUGCAGUAUCUAAAGAUCAGUCAGCCAUCUGUAAAUCAUAAAAAAAUUGUUUGGAUUGAUUGUGGAAUCCACGCAAGGGAAUGGAUUGCACCUGCCUUCUGCCAAUGGUUUGUGAAAGAGAUUGUACGGAAUUAUCAAAAUGAUCAAAGGAUUAGAAAAAUCCUCCAGAAUUUAGACAUAUAUGUCUUGCCAGUUCUCAAUAUUGAUGGCUAUAUCUACUCUUGGACAAAAGAAAGGCUCUGGAGAAAAAAUCGUUCUCAGUAUGGGAAUGGUACCUGCUAUGGCGUGGACCUUAACCGCAACUUUAAUGUAUCGUGGUGCACUCAUAGAUCAUCCACAAACUGCAGUUCUAACUCCUUCUGUGGGAGUUCACCUGUUUCAGAACCAGAGACCAGGGCAGUGGUAGAGUUUGUGGAAAGCAGCAAGUCAGACAUUGUUUGCUUCCUAACAAUACACUCAUACAGCCAACUGAUCAUGACUCCUUAUGGCUACUCUACAGGACUAUCAAGGAACUCUAAUGAAACAAUAAAAGUUGCUCAAAUGGCAGCAUCGAUCAUGGAAAAAACACAUGGUACAAAGUACAGGGCUGGUCCAUUUUCCAAACUCCUGUAUGAAGCUUCUGGAACAUCCCAAGACUGGAUUCAUGAUCUAGGCAUAGACUUCUCCUUCACCUUGGAACUAAGAGAUAAUGGUAGCCACAAGUUUACUUUGCCCGAGGAACAAAUACAACCAACCUGUGAAGAAACUAUGGCUGGGGUGAUGACUAUUAUAGAAUAUGUUAAUGAUAAAUACUUUCCAAACAAGGCUCCUAGCACUGUUUUUGAUUGUUGCAUUAAUAUCCUCAUUUUAAACACAUUUCUACAAUUUUCAGUUUUAGUCUUCUAACAUUUCAAAGGAAAAUUUUAAUUUUGAUUAAAGUUGUGUAGUCACAUUCUUCUUCAUUCUAACUUUUUAUUCCAGCUCUACAUCAAUUAAAUUAAAACAAAUUUGUGACUGUGUUCUGGGAGAAAUUGCUUCUUUUAAAAAUGUUCCUAUUCCCUAUGAUUAUGCCUUUAAUAUAUAAUGCCCUUUACCUUACAAUGAUAAACUGCAUUUUCAAACUUUUUUAUUUAAAGGGACAGCAUAUCCCCAUGUUUUACAUGAGUUCAAUAAAUGAUAAACAUUU